GGUGAAUUAGUGGGAGCUCAGACAUGAUUUAGAGUAAACAACUUUCAAUUAAAGCCCACUAAUUUGUCGGGUACAGGUGCAUGUGUGAUCUGAUAGCAUAAUUAUUAUUAAUUGAGAGACAAAGUCUAGAGCUUGAAAUGGCCGGAAGAUCGUUGCGACCUCGCUCUGCUUGCCAAUAUGUGAACCAACAAGAGUGGGAUAUGGAUGAAGAUGAAUUCAUCAUGGCACGACGCUACAAUGUUCUGGAACGGUUCUCCGAGUAUGAGACCCGAGGAGACCAAGGAAUGGUUCGGGAGAUGAGGGGAGAAGAGUUCACGCUAAAAUGGAUCCAGGAGAAUGGGCUCACCUCUCCCAUGGUGUUCAGGGAUGCCAGUGGACUGGGCAUAAAAGUACCCCCACAAAGUUUCUCGGUGGCGGAUGUGAAGCGUCUUAUUGGUCCCCGACGGCAAGUGGAUGUCAUGGAUACCCACACACAGAAGGCGGUGAAUAUGACAAUGCAACAGUGGACGAAGUACUACCAGACAUUUCCAAGAAAGAAGAUACUCAAUGUAAUUAGCCUGGAGUUUUCUUGUACUGAAAUGGCUGACCUUGUGGAGCCACCCACUGUUGUGCGAGAGUUGGACUGGGUGGAAGGGGUGUGGCCUAAGGAAAUGAAAGAAGCACAGUCUGACCCUACCAACGACAUGAGGAGAAUGAUGUACCCCAAAGUGCAAAAAUACUGCUUGAUGAGUGUCGCCAACUGCUACACUGACUUCCAUCUUGACUUUGGUGGGACAUCAGUAUGGUACCACCUGAUCCGAGGGGAGAAGCUGUUCCUGCUCAUUCCGCCUUCUCCCACAACCUAUGACAUGUUCCACCUCUGGCAGCUCAGUGGGGAGCAAGAGGGUGUGUUCUUUGCCGAUCUUAUUGAGCGUGCCCAGUUCGUGCGACUCUCAGCAGGGGACACGUUCAUCAUGCCUUCAGGCUGGAUUCAUUCUGUGUACACACCGAGUGACUCACUCGUGUUUGGUGGUAACUUCCUCCAUUCCUUCAACAUCCGCCAGCAGCUGGCAGUGGCCGAGAUGGAGGCAAGGACCAAGGUGCCAUCGAAGUUUCGUUAUCCUUUCUACGGGAGCAUUCACUGGUACACACUCGCCAAGUACUCCCAGCAACUUAUGAGAGCUGGAGUCAAACCCAAGCGGGAUCAUAAAUUGAAAAACUGGAAUGAGACUGAGUGCGAACAAAUGGGGGCUCGUUGGUUAAAAGAAAUUUGUGUUGAGCGAGUAUCUGUUUCAUCAGGAGAGAGCUCAGUAUCAGCAUCACCCUCACACACCAGUGAUAGCAGCUCCUCCCCCACAACUCCACACCAUUCCCAAGCCCAUGGAGCACCUUCACAGCCGACCAGCAUGCCAUCACGUCCCCACAAGUCGCCUCCCUCACCAUCACAAAAUACCCCCUCACUCCUACAAAAGUCAACCCCAAAAUCUUCAUCAAAACCUUUCAUCUCCAGCAUUGAAAUUGAUGGGCUCUUAGAACUUUUGAAAAAGAUGCAAGAGGAGGAACUGUUUCUUACCGAGUCUCCUCCGAGUCUUGCCGACCCUUUGGUACUUACUGCACAGCUAGUGUCUCAACUAAACAGCUCCCGUAUUCAGGAACUGCUCCCCACCGAACCCACUGGGGUGUCUCUACUACAACAGCCGCCACAAAAGAAGAGCCCUAGUAAACUGUCAAACAGAAAAAGAAAAGGCCUGGAGUUAAAAACAGCCACUCCAGUAAAGCAUAGCCGAGCAGAUAAGAGUUGUAACAAAAGUGUAGUCAGCGAGUCUGCUGUGGACUGUCCUGCCUCGGAAGAUUGCGAGCUUACAUGUCGUACUGAUUAUUGUACGUCUACUGAUUCUAUGAAGGCAGUUAUCUGUGGUGCUGAAAAGAAUAGUGAAUCGCACACCGAUCUCCAGCAACGCAGUACUAGCAAAUCUCAAUCACCUGAACGAAUACCCGUGACACAUAUACAGUCUCCUCUUCAGAACAGCUUUGACUUUAUUGAUCUACCUCUUGACGAGUCAGAAGAUCCUUCCCAACCACAUUCUCCUAGCUGUAGUUCACCGUUCACUCUGUGUCUACCAUGUUCACCCUCACAAACUGCACUUACACCCCCCUCUUCAAAAAACCUCAUUAAUUAGGAUCACUUCAAUUUCUCUAAGACGCCAUCGUUAUUAUAGGACUGAUACUUAUCAUGUCUAUCGUAAUACCCUAAUGAAAGUUUUCAAUUUGAGUGCUAUAUACAAUCAUCGAUCAUUAAUUAUCACUAUAAACUUAUAACAAAACACAGAUCUCACACAGCAUUGUAAUUAUGAUUGUAUACAAUGCCAUGACCAUACAAUUAUUAUUAUGUACAUGUACAUUGAA